UACAAGAUCAGAUUCUGCAGAACACCAAAAACAAAGGUUUCCUGAUGUCGUUAUGAAAAAGGAAGAGGAAGACCCACAGCCUCAGUGCUCUGAGGGAAAUAAGAGCUUCCCAGGAGUCUCUUCAGGAUUUUUUGAUGUGAUAAAAAAGGAAGAGGAUAAAGAGUAUUGGGCCUUGGAUCCCCAUAUCCCUGUGGAAAGUAAGAUCUUCCCAGCAUCUUGUUCAGAAUUUCGCAGUCCCAAAGUCAAUGUAACAUCCUGGCUUGAACAAGAAGAAAAACCAGCUGCUCUCCGUCAUCCACGACCAGAGGAAAAUGAGGUUGUCUCAGACAACAACACAGGGCUCCCAGAUGUGAUCAUAAAGUUGGAACAAGAAGAACCUGGCUUCUCAGAAUACCACCAAGAAUGGGAAGGAAAAGAGUCUAUUGCAGUUGCUGUCUCAGGAAACAGGCUGUCAAGCAAGAAUCUUCACUUGUGUGUUUCUGAGGAUAUGGGCCCAAAUGAAACAUCACUCAGAAGAGUCAAAGGGCUCAUUUCCAACUGUUAUGAGAAGGGAGAAAUGUGGGAAGAUCCAGAUGGAGUGGAAAGGGAGCCUCGAAUCCACCCAGCAAUGUUGGUGAAGAAGAUCCCUCUUUGUGGGGAGGACGAGAGGAUUUGUGAUGAAAGGGGGGAUAUACAUGAGAGGAUUCUCAAGUGUGGAAAGAUCCUCAUAUUGGAUUCAAACCUCCUGCUACAUGUGAGGGAGAAACUCCAGGCUUGCAUGGACUGUGGGAAAAGUUUUUGUGAAAAAUCGAGCCUCAUUAGACACAAGAAGACACACACAGGGGAGAAGUUGCAUACCUGUGCAGAGUGUGGAAAAAGAUUCAGCCUCAAAUCAAGCCUCAUUAGGCACCAUCGGAACCAUACAGGUGAGAAAGAAGGGAAUGGCCUUGGAUUAAGUCAGAACUCAGACCUCAGAGAAAAAAAGGGGACCCAUAUGAGGAAGGAACCCUAUAGGUGUUACACCUGUGGGAAGACCUUCAGAAAUAAGGCACACUUUGUCAUACAUGAGAGAACCCAUACGGGAGAGAAACCAUUUCAGUGCCCUGACUGUGGGAAGAGCUUCAGAAACUCCUCCCACCUUAUCUUGCAUAAGAGAACUCACACAGGUGAGAAGCCAUACAAGUGCUCCAUUUGUGGGAAAAGCUUCAAUCAGAGCUCGAAUCUUAUCAGACAUGAGAGGACCCACACAGGGGAGAAACCAUACUCAUGCUCAGUGUGUGGGAAAAGCUUCAGCUGGGGACCCGAACUACAGAUCCAUGAGAGAAUCCACACAGGGGAGAAACCAUACAAAUGCUCAGACUGUGAGAAAUCAUUCAGCAGUUACUCCAGUUUUAUAAGGCACAAGAGAAUCCAUACGGGGGAGAAACCCUACCAGUGCUCCAAAUGCAGUAAGAGCUUCCACCAAAGUUCAGAUCUCAGGGCACAUGAAAGAAGUCACCAUCCAAGUAGGACUUUGUUAGAAGAUUUUGGGAACGUCUUGUGUCCCCUCGAGGACAAGGGAAUGCACACAGACGAGAAGCUAUUCAAAUGCUCAGCUUGUGGGAAAAGUUUCAGUCGGAGGGCGCACCUCACAAGGCAUGAGGGAACACAUAUGGGAAAGAAGCCGUACAAAUGCUCACACUGUGGGAAAAGCUUCAAUCAGACUUCCAACCUCAUUCGGCACGAGCGGACGCACACAGGAGAAAAGCCAUACACUUGUGCCAGCUGCAACAAGAGCUUCAAUAGGAAAUCCCACCUCCUCCGACAUCAGAGGACCCACAUAGGAGAGAAGCCAUACAAUUGCUCUGAUCAGAGAUCAGAUCUCAUCCAACAUGGAGGAAAUAAUUCAGAGGAGAAAUCUCAGCUGUUCCCUCUAUGCAGGAAAAGUGAGAACUUUGCACUACAUCACGAAAGCCACACAGGAGGAAAAGCGUGUGCAUCGUCAGACUAAGAAUGUUAAAACAAGGGUGGCAAAUGAUUAAUUGCUAUAAAUUAUUUGCUUCUUCCACACCACAGAGAGAAAGCUAAUUAAUGCUAGAAUAAAAGUUAUCCCCAUAAA